AUGGAUACACUGCUGUCCCAACUGGAGGCGCUUAUCCUCAAACCCGAACUCGCGCCGCUACUGUCCCUUGUCAAGGGUGCUCGCAAUGGAAUUGUCUACGGAUCGAAAGUGCGGUUUCCGCAUGCGCUGGUGAUGAUAUUCCUGUUCAGGUCUGGAACCAUACGGGAAAAAACCAAGCUUGUUCUCAAAGCUACUCGCCAGCAUGCGCGCAACCUCGCCACAUUUGCUAUCAUUUACAAGGCUUCUAUGGUCCUUCUCCGGAAUAUCAACCCUGGUGGUGCUGGGAAGGAGGGCCGGUAUGAUAGUUUCUUUGCAGGCCUGCUGGGCGGGUAUGCAGUAUUUGGACGACAGCCGGGCAGUAUUAGCCAGCAGAUUGUCAUCUAUGUUUUCGCUCGUGUGAUGCUUUCUCUCGCCAAACUCGCCAUCCAACCUAAUAUGCAUCCUCUCUCCUCCCUCAUCACACCAGAGGCACGUACUAAGAUUACGGAUAAUGCCUGGCCUGUUUUCGCCAGUAUGACCUGGGCCUUUGUCAUGUACAUUUUCCGCUGGUACCCGGAGACAUUGGCUUCCAGCUUGCGGAGUAGCAUGGUAUACAUCUACGCCGACUCUGACCAUUGGGAUUCCCUCCGGACGCUAUUCAUACACAACAAAUAA